CCGAGGCACACCCUGCUGAUGUUGCAAUCACCCUCCUGCGUUGUGCUCCAUCAUGUGACAGGCAACUGUGGUGAUGUGGGAGAUUCUCCGCCUGCCCUGGUGCCCAGCAUCAUUUAUAGAAUAUUCCCCCCGCCUCCUGGUGGCUCUGCUCUUCCAAGUUUUUGUCAGCACAUUAGAUACACCAGAGGAGGUCAACACCUUCUGGAAGAGAUGCCAGGAGCAACUCAGCGUUCCCAUCAGCAUCAACAGAUUUGCAGUGCAGACCGUGAGGGCACUAUUCCGCCAUCUGCGGUGUCUGGAUUUACUGGUGGCAGUGGAACGCAAGCAUGGCUGGGACACACUGCUCUGUGUUGACACCCACCACUAUGCCAUGGGUCUGCUGGCCAGGGAGAUGCACCGUACCGCAAACCCCUUGUGUUCCUGCAUCGCCCUCCGCCUGCUGGGGCUGCUCAGCACACAGGAGCAACACUGGGAUCUGCCUGCCUUGGCAUUCCUUGUGGAGGUCCUGGAGUGCCAUGACAUGAGGGAAUGGAGUGACAGUGCCUUGGAGAUCAUUUCAAGGCGCCUGCAGAGCAAAUCCAAGGAAAAGCGUCGCCUGGCACUCAGAGGCCUUGUGGUUCUCAGCAAGGAUCCCUUGCUGGCCGAAGGUAUCCGGAGUCUGACACAGAGCCUCAUGGGCCUACUGCAGGAUGCAGAUGGAGAGGUGGUUGCAUUGAUCCUCUCUGUAUUCCUGAAUGAGCUCCAGGACAGAGCCACUCUAAUAUCCAGUCCCACUGCCCUGCAGCUGGCUGAGGUGCUCCGGCCACUCUUUGACCACGAUAACAGUCAUGUGUCCCUGCUCUCCAUUCGCCUCUUCCGAGCGGUGAUAGAGCUGGUAAUGGACAAAGGAAAAAAGCCCCUGAAGAAACAUGUGAGCCAGAGCCUUCUUCCUCUUUUCUUCCACUGCCAUGACCAGAACUGGCACGUGGCAGAGGCUUCUCGGGAAACGCUGCUUUGUGCGGCCAAGUUCCUGAAGAUGAGGCGUCUGAAGCAGCUGGUGAAGAAGGAACAGCUGUGGAAGUUUGCCGAGUGCCUGCCGGCCGAGGACAGGAACCGAGUGGCCGAGCACCUGCGCCAGGCCCUGCCGUACCUGCAGAGCCCACAAGAGCCCCUGCGAGAAGUGGCCAUCAGGUUUAUCGGCAUCGCAGGACGGUACUUGAGGAGGCGGCAGGAAGAGACCUGGCUCAUCUACAAGGCCCUUCAGGACGUGACUGAUGACAUCAGCCCUGUCAUCUCAAGCUUGGCACUUCAAACCCUGCAACUCUUAAGAGCUGCCCAGAGAGCUCCAUAUUCUUCAGGUUUCAGAAGGUGCAAGACCACUUCCAGAAGGGUGGGGGGUAGGAAGCCUGUGGGGAACAACUAA